GUUUCUUUGACCUCUAAAUUUCGGCUGCUUUGGAAGGUGACUUCCGAUUCAAAAUUUCGCUCCGUUUACUUCAGCAUUUGACAGCUGAUUGAAAAUUAUGGAGUGAUAUUUCAAGUUACUUUGACUGCAUUAAAAUGGCAGGACAUCACCCUCUUAGUAUUCAAGUUCGAGUUCAUCAUUUGAAUGAAAAUGAAAAUCUUGAACAUACUUUAUUUUCAAUUAAAAAAGGAUCUGUUAUCCAGUUUAAACUAGGAUCUACUCUUUUUGGUCAGAGUAUAAAACUUUUCAUUAAUUAUCCUGAAAAUCCUACUGAUGGUUUUAAAAGGCUUGUUUAUAGAGAGUUAAAAUGGAGAUCAGAUAGUUUAAAUAAGGGUGAUGAUACUGCCCUACAUUGUGAUAUCACUUUUGAAUUGGCUGGGAGUUUCCAUUAUUUUUUCAUUCCUGAAGGAGGGGAUGUACUAAAGCCAAGCGGGUCCGGUUAUAUUCUAGUCGAUCCAGUAUUAACAUAUGGGCCUGACAAUGAGACACUGCCUCUCGAUAGUAUUUUGUGUAUUACCUACUUAGCAAAAUGUCUCGGAUCUUUUGACAAAUGGGAAGAACGACUGCGGACAGCAAAGGAAGUGGGAUAUAAUAUGGUCCAUAUUACACCUAUUCAGCAACUUGGAGGAUCCGAUUCUUCAUAUUCAUUAAGAAAUCAACUGAAGUUAAAUCCCGUCUUUGAUUCACCUGGAAAAAAAUGCACAAUGAAUGAUAUAGCUGGUCUUGUUGAAAAAAUGAGAAAAGAAUGGAAGGUUUUAGCUAUAACUGAUGUUGUUUUAAAUCACACUGCAAAUGAAAGUGAAUGGCUUCUAGAACACCCAGAAUCUACAUAUAAUUUAGUUAAUUCCGCGCAUUUGCGGCCUGCUUACUUGCUGGAUAGAGCAUUGUGGUACUUCUCUUUGGAUAUUGCUGCUGGUAAAUGGGCCAAUAGUGGUAUUCCACCUGAAAUAAAUAAUGAAGAUCAUUUGAAUGCCAUACGUGAAACUUUAAAAGGUUAUUACAAGCACCAGCUAAAAUUGCAUGAAUUUUUUCUGUUGCAUGUUGACAACGUUUUAAAGGAAUUUGCUACGCUUGCUCAAGCACCUGACAGAAAAGUCGUUCGUCACACAGGAGAACUCAGGAUUAUACAUGAUCCAGAAUACAGGAGACUCAAAAGUACCAUUGACAUGCAGUUAGCUUUAAGUAUUUACGCACCAACGAAAUUGAAUACCUCCAAUGAAGUCAAUGGUGCUUGCGAUGCCCUGAGGUGGAAAUUAGAAGAAUUAAAUAAUGUGAAGAUGGCUGAAGUCGAAAGUCAUUUUCAUUCGGCCGUUGAAAAUAUAAUUUCAGCCGUACGCUAUGAGCGAUUGAGUCCCGAUGGUCCUCAUCUUAAAUCUGUUUCUAGUGAACAUCCAUUAGUACCUCAGUAUUUCCGAUCCUAUGGCGUUGAUCAAAGUCUUGUUGAAGAUGAGAAACUUAUGUUCUCCCCUCAAAGUUGUUAUAUCAUGGCUCAUAAUGGCUGGGUAAUGGGAGAUAACCCACUGAGAAAUUUUGCUGAACCUGGAUCCAAUGUUUACCUGAGGCGGGAACUUGUCGCAUGGGGUGACAGUGUGAAACUCCGCUAUGGAGAGAAGCCGGAUGAUUCUCCUUUUCUUUGGCAAUUUAUGACUGAUUAUGUUCAGCAGUUAUCACGAGCCUUCUAUGGUUUGCGACUUGACAACUGCCACAGUACUCCCAUCCAUGUUGCAGAAUACCUUAUUGAUAAAGCCCGUGAAGCACGACCUGAUCUUUUUGUUGUUGCUGAAUUAUUUACCUCCAGUGAAGCUGUUGAUAAUAUCUUUGUGAACCGUCUAGGAAUUACAGCUCUCAUAAGAGAGUCUAUGCAAGCUCCUGAUAGUCACGAACAAGGACGACUUGUUUACCGUUAUGGUGGACAAACUGUGGGAGCUUUUAUGCAUCCUGUAACCCAGCCUCUUACAAAAAGUAUUGCUCAUGCUGUUUUUAUGGAUAUAACCCAUGAUAAUCAGUGUCCCAUGCAGAUUCGUUCUGUGUAUGAUUAUUUUCCUACUGCAGCUAUGGUAUCUAUGGCCUGUUGUGCUACUGGUAGCACUUGGGGAUAUGAUCAACUUGUACCUCAUCAUAUACAUGUAGUUUCAGAGAAACGUCUUUGCACAUCGUGGACUGAUGAUAAAGUUCCUAAACGUGGUUAUAUCAAUGCAGCAUGUGGUAUCAUUUCAGGAAAGAGGGCAUUAAAUCAACUGCAUUUUGAACUUGGUGCUUCUGGAUUCACUCAGGUAUUUGUUGAUCAAAGAGAUGAAAAUACUGUUGCUAUAACUCGACAUUGCCCUGCUACUCACCAAUCGGUUAUUAUGAUAGCAAGAACGGCUUUUAGAAUGCCAGCUAAGCCAAGAGAAUCAAGUUAUGUUAGACCUCUACGUCUUCAGGGUACUAUUGAAGAAAUAAUUUUAGAAGGUGGAUUAGAGCCAGUUGAUCAUAAUGGAACCACUUUAGGUCCGAAUGUUUAUAUAGAUGAUACUUAUAUUAAUGGUUUGACAGAUUUUAAACUUAAUUUAAGAGAGCAUAUCCAAUUAUAUGAAAGUGAAAUGAUUGAAAGUGCUGGUUUAUCUGAUGAUGGAUAUAAUGAAAUAGAUUUCAUCCGUUUUCCACCUGGAUCUGUUAUUGUUUUGAGGGUGUCUCUUGAUGCUGAGUCUCGAGCUGCCAUUUUAAGAAUAAGGACUUGUGUUUCACAGUUUGGCUACAGAAUGCGUUCUUACAGUGGUAAUGUCCUGAAAAGGGGAACUCAUGACUUUGAAUCAAUUCUUUCUCAUUUGACUCUAGCUGAUUUGAACAGAGUAUUAUUCAAAUGUGAUUCGGAAGAAAGAGAUGAUGGCAAAGGGAGAGGUACAUACAAUUUGCCUGGAUAUAGCGAUCUUGUUUAUUGUGGAUUGCAAGGUAUAAUGAGCGAAUUAAUGAAUAUUCGUUUAGAAGAUGAUUUAGGCCACCCUCUGUGCGAUAAUUUGAGACAGGGUAAUUGGUUGCCAGAUUAUAUCUCUAGUCGUCUAACUGACUAUCCGUCCACUGAAAAUUUAGGCAAAUGGUUUGAAGUUGUGUUUGAAAGCUUACGAAAACUACCUCGAUAUCUGAUCCCUUGCUAUUUUGACACUAUAAUAACUGGAGCUUACAGCAGUUUACUUAGUGCCAUGUGGCGGAAAAUGUCCGACUUUGUAUCUGAAGGUUCAACAUUUGUGAAAGCUUUGGCCAUGGGCUCUGUGAUUUUAUGUGGAAUUAUCAGAAGUGCGCCCUUACCUCGCCUUUCCCCGAAUUUAGAUGAACCACGUCCGCCAGAUGAAACUAUUGCUGGUCAGACGUUUCAAAAUUGUGUCACCAUAUCAGCUGGUUUGCCCCAUUUUUCUACUGGGUACAUGCGUAACUGGGGAAGAGACACAUUUAUAUCACUGAAAGGACUCUUACUUGUCACAGGAAGGCAUGAGGAUGCAAGGUACAUUAUUCUAGCAUUUGGUGCUUGUUUACGCCACGGUCUCAUACCUAAUUUGUUGGACAGAGGAGUAUGUGCUCGGUUUAAUUGCAGAGACGCUAUAUGGUGGUGGUUGCAAUCCAUUCAAGAUUAUUGCACCAUCGUUCCAAACGGACAUAAAAUAUUAAAAGAUAAAGUAUCGCGACUUUAUCCCACUGAUGACUCACCAGCCCUGAAACCAGGAGCUUGUGAUCAGCCACUUCAUGAUGUUAUACAUGAAGCUUUACAGAAACACUUCCAAGGCUUGAAAUUCAGGGAACGAAAUGCUGGUCGCCAAAUUGAUGAACAAAUGAGUGACGAAGGUUUUAACAAUGAAAUAGGUGUUGAUUUGGAAACUGGAUUUGUUUACGGAGGUAACGAAUUUAAUUGUGGUACCUGGAUGGACAAAAUGGGUAGUUCUGAAAAAGCAGGAAAUAAAGGCAAGCCAGCUACACCAAGAGAUGGAUCAGCCGUGGAAAUUAUUGGUCUUAGUAAAUCUGCCUUAAGGUGGCUAUGUGCUAUGUUUGAAAGAGGCCAUUAUCCGUAUUGUAUGGUUGAACGCACUAUAACAGAUGAGUCGACUGGUUUAGGGAAAACUAUUAUAAUGACUUAUAAAGAAUGGAAUAAUCUAAUUCAAGCCAACUUCGAAAAGUACUUUUAUGUUAGUCCAGAAAAGAAGCCUGAUGAUUCUAAAUUAAUUAAUAAGAGAGGAAUAUACAAAGACACAUUUAAAGCUACUUACCCGUGGACUGACUUUCAGCUCCGUCCUAAUUUUCCUAUAGCAAUGUGUGUGGCACCAGAGCUGUUUGAUCCUCAUAAUGCUUGGAUAGCCCUUAGAACUGCAGAGCAGCAUUUGUUAGGACCCCUUGGAAUGCGAACUUUGGACCCAUCUGAUUGGGCAUAUGAUGGAAAUUAUGACAACAGUGACGAUUCAACAAAUAUGAAGAAAGCAAAAGGCUGGAAUUAUCACCAAGGACCUGAAUGGCUGUGGCCAGUGGGCUACUUUCUUCGUGCCAAAUUGAUCUUUUCCAAAAUGAUCGGUGGAAAGCAAGAAUUUGACAAGACUUUAGCAUUUACCAAACACGUGAUGUCCCGACAUUUCCUAGAAAUACAGAAAUCCAAAUGGAGAGGCUUGCCUGAACUUACAAACAAAGAUGGUGCUUACUGCAGGGAUAGUUGUGUCGUUCAAGCCUGGAGUCACGCGACAUUAUUAGAAGUUUUGUUUGAAAUGGAUGCUAUGUGUUCACAUGAAAGUAGUUCUGAUUGAGUGCUUUAGCUUAUUUGAAUUUGUUUCUAAAAUUGUGUCAAAAGUAUUCUUAUACAACUGUUUAAAUUUUUUUUAAAAAACUAAAUGUGUAUAUUUCUACAAAUGUGACCUUUUAUGUUAUAUUGAUGUUAUAUGUUUCAGAUAUUUAUGUCCUUUGUUCUCAUAUUUACAUGACUAAAUAUUAAAAAAAACUUUUAAGAGAUUUUUCUUAUGUGUUUGCUUGUGCCAUUAUUCUUUUAUUAAAAAAUAAGCUGAAACUGUUUAAUUUUUAUAGGUUUGCUGAGAUUCCCUAGACAAUGCUUUAAAUUUUUGUAUUUGAAUCAAUCUAAAUCAUGGGAUCGAAGUGCGCAUUAUUGAUUCUUUGGUACAUUUUUGUACCUAGUCAUCACCGAGUUAAAUUACCAAAACAGAAUAAUGUUCUGUUUGGCGAUCUGUGCUCUAUUCUAACGUGAUGUGUAUUUUAAAGAUGACUGUUGGUGCCAGAAUUCCAUUAAAGUUAUUUCGUUAUUA